AUGCAGCAACUGUACAAGCCCGGCUUCGACGUAACCAACGCACCGUGGGGGCCGGUCAACAAUGCCGCAGAAGAUGGCGGAGGACCAUUAGAUGUGGACGGCCUCGUGCGCAUGCUGCAGUGGCGGGACGACGAGGGCUCCAGCUGCCUCCACCUCUGGGUCGUCUCCCCCUCCUUCACCUCGUACCGCCACCCCCCCGCCUACCCCUUCGCCGCCCUCGACCACCUCCUCUCGAACUACACCGCCCUCGUCGACCACGACCCGCGACUCCGCGCCGCCCUACGCGCCGCGCUCGAGGAUUGCGACAUCAUGGGCCUCACCCCGCUCCACCUGGCCGGCAUCACCGCGCCCAGCUGCUACACGAAGCUGGCCGUGGCCUUCAAUGGGAGCCGCCGGCUGUGGCUGCUCGAGCAGGUGGCGCGGGCCGUGGGCGCGGACCCAGCGCCCGUCUCGUACCUGUGGCACUCCACGCCGGGCGACCUGCGCUGGGUCUUCCACGGCACCGAGCAGUCGGCGACGGCCGGGUCGGACGAGAACGACGCCGAGCUGGCCCGGAUGCAGGUCGAGCGGGUGCGCGUGUGGGACCGACAGCGCGACGCCGAGGAGUGGCUCGACGUGGGCGAACUGGUGCGACGGUGCGGCCUGCGGGCCUAUGUGCCGUUCUACCUGGGCUACGGCGACUACAUGCGCUACGUGCUGACCCAGAUCCUGGGUGAGGACACACCGCAGGCCAAGAAGCAUCGCCUCCUCUACGCCAAGGUCAUUGUCGAUGCGGCGAGGUGGGACGCGGAACAGAACCUGGUGCUGUGCUGGAUCGAGGAGAUCAAUGGCUACGGCGUGUUUGCGGGCCGCCCCUACCACCAGCACGAAUUCAUCGCCCUCUACUCGGGUCUCCUGAUGCCACACGAAGAGAUCCAGAACACCGACUACGCAUUCGACACCAUCAUCCCCGGAUUCGGCGUAGACGCGAAAGAUUACCGCAAUAUUGGAGGUCGGUUCAUCAACCACUCGGCCAUACCGAACGCGCGUAGCGUGUCGUUCCUGUGGAAGGGCGCCCCGUGCGUGGCCAUCGUGGCGCUCCGACCGAUCGCGCGCGGCGAGCAGAUCUGCUACUCCUACGCGCAGGGUGCCUCCUGGUUCCACCACCCGGCCGGCAGGGCCGACCAGCCCUUCAACGAACUGCUCGGCCGGCCCUCGUUCCCGUCUUCCCUGCCGCUGCCCCGCUCGCCAUCGGGAGAGGAAGAGCCAGCGCCGGGCUAUCGGUGCGCAACCUGCUUGGCCGCGGAGCAGCAGGUCACGCUGAAGCGGUGCAGCCUGUGUCACGUGUUCAAGUACUGCAGUGCGAAGUGCCAGAAGGAGGACUGGCCGACCCACAAAAAGACUUGCGCGUUCUUGUCCGGCCGCGCCAAGUAA